AUGUCGCCUUCCUCUGUCUCCGUCGUCAUCCCUCCCCCGACCAUAGACCUGGACUCCUACGAACCCUUCGGCGAGGUCUACUCCCGCACUGUGGACGAGAUCCUCUCCGACGAGGCCAGCUUCGACGCGACAUUUGAUUCAUACACUGGUGCCGAGGUCAUGGGAGAAGCUGGUGCUGGUCGCAAGCGCGGAAGGAAGCGAGGCUCCAACAACGUCGCAGGGCAUACGAAAUCGCCGUACUUCAACACAGGCCAGCGUGCUCAGAGAAGUGCUCCGGUGGAGGAACACAUUUCUGAAACCGAGACCGAGGACGAAGAUGAGGAUGAGGAUAAUGAAGAGGAGGACGAUUCUCCUGCGGCGAUCGACUUGGUGGACGAGGAUAUGUGCGACAUGCACAACAAUAGCACUGAAGGUGUCAUUGACGACGCCACAGAGGCAGAUAUCAUAUUUGCUUCGGUUGGAGUGGACACUCGCUAUGGGCUAUUGGAGUACAUCGCAUCGCAUUCAUUCAUGUGUGAGGGCGUAUACCCAGUCGAACGGUCGAAGAGACGCGCUUUUGUCCGCCAGGUUCGCAAGAAAGCGAAGUCGGCUGGGCUGGACGAAGAGGCUAUUGUGCGGCUGACCCGGUAUGUAAAGAAGACGUAUCUCGAGCUCUACGGCAAGGGCUGUACCGUUACCCAGGGAUCGGAAUACGGGGAUGAGAUUGAUGACGAAGAGGAGUAUGAGCGGAAGUCGUCGAACUUAUUCAAGGAAGAACGGAAGAGGAAGCGUGCCAACGGGGGGAAAGGCAAAGAGAAGUCCAAAAAGAGCAAGAAGGUAUCUACUUGCAUGACCAACGGUCCACCUGUUCGGACAGAUGAUCAUACCGAGCACGAGGUGAUCGAUCUCGACGCUGAGGAUCCUGAAGAUGUCUCGGUCAAUGCCUCUCCUGAUCCUAAGGCCGUGAAAAACUUUCCCGUUCCCCGUGGCUCUAUCGAUGGCAGACGCUUGAGCAUCCCAAAGCCGUUAAAAAAGUCCCUAAGGCAAGUCCAACGGACUCUUCCUUCGAGUGCCACUGCGGAGAAGGGCAGCAGGAACAACAGCAUUGCCCAAGCCCGGAAAUAUACUUUUCACUCGACUUCAGUGUCCCAUGAUGAGCCAAUCUGCUUGGAGAGUGAAAUCGAUGUCAUCAAGGAACCGUUUCAGGUUAUCCCAGCAGCCUCGCGCCUCGAUUCGCCCUCCCCGGAGCCAGAAAUGCCAGAGGAGAGAGCUCGCAGGCUAAAGAAGGAGAGGAACCGCAGGAAGCACGAGGCACGGAAACGUAGAAAAGCCCAGAGACAGCGCGAGAGCAUGGGAUUUACCGAGGUUGAGGAGCCUGCCGUGAAUGAUCCUCCCCUUAAACACACGGCCAACAAGCACCCUUGGAAGGACAGAGGUGUGACCGCCAGCGAUGAGGUGAAGUCAAAAUACUUUCUGUGCGCGGCGCAGGUCGAUGGCGCGGCACCGCUCAUUUGCAGUGCAAGCUCGUCUACAUUCCUUGACAAUUCCAUGAAGACGCAUUGGACCAUUUCGGAAGAUAUUCGGAAUAUCUUGCAAGAAUUUGAUCUGCCGUCUGACUUUCUUGAGUCCGAUGCGGAUUCAGUCCUCAGUGAUGUAUCCAUAUCUAGUGAUACCUUUCUGGAAGAUGAUGACUCUUUUGUGUUACAAACCGCUCUUUACAGAGAUCGAGCCGUGACACCGCUGGAACAGUUGACCCUACCCCCGAUCGAAAUGGAGAUACCCGCAGACCAUCCUCAGCUUCCGCUUUCCGGAACGCUACGUCCAGGGCUUCCCAAAGUCUCACCCUACUUUCCUAAACCACUAAUGAAUCCGGACUCAUGUCUACCUUUUCCCUCUAUUGAUGCACCCACAUUCGGUCUGGUUCAGGAGCAACUUGCGCAUGAUCCUUUCCGUCUGCUUGUUGCUACUAUCUUUCUCAAUCGGACUCGAGGAGGUGUGGCUCUGCCAGUGCUAUUUAAGGUCUUUGACCAGUACCCCACAGUCGAGGAAAUGAGCAAGGCUGAUCUCUUGAGUCUCGUAUCCAUGAUCCAUUGUCUGGGGUUUCAGAACCAACGAGCUCAGAAGUGCAUUGGUCUCGCGCAGACCUGGCUCGCUCGUCCCCCUACGAGGGGAAAGCGAUACCGCAAACUGCACUAUCCCUGCAGACUCGACGGAAAAGACGUGGGCUGCGACGAAUGUAUUGCCGACGACGACUCGCGCGUCGCAUGGGAGAUCGCGCAUCUGCCGGGCGUGGGCGCGUACUCACUGGAUAGCUGGCGCAUCUUCUGCCGCGAUGGAUUGCGAGGGCUAGCCAAGGACUGGAAAGGCGACGGCGCGACCUCAGCGGAUUUUGUCCCGGAGUGGAAGUCGGUCCUGCCGCAGGAUAAGGAGCUCCGUGCGUAUCUAACGUGGAUGUGGCUCAAGGAGGGGUGGAUAUGGGAUCGGCAUACGGGCGAACGAAAGCGAGCGAGUGAGAAGACGAUGCGAGCAGCUCGGCGAGGUGGCGUGGCUCACGAGAUGGAGGGCAACUGGGUGUUGGAGACAUCCCCGGUGAAGAAGGCUGCCAACGGGUUGACGGAUUGGAGUUGGGACUGA